CGGAAAACAAGUCUGACGAUGUUGCGACGUGUACCUUAGCAACCGUGUGACUUUUCAAUGUGACAACCGAUUCAUAGAUUCACAGUGUCUAUUAAUCAACGCUGAUUUAUCGCAGUUUGUUGAUCAUCAAAAGUGUUUAUUUAAUAUCGUGUGGUAUAUUUCCACUUGAAUCAGCACCUUAAACAAGAUAUGACGUCAGCAUAUAAGAAACAAAUCAAUGGUGGAACAAGAAAGAAAAGCACACCAAAAUUUGAACUGACGGAAGAACAAAAAGCUGAUAUUAAAGAAGCAUUUGAUUUAUUUGAUCCUGAUGGUACGGGGAAAAUUGCUACCAAAGAGCUGAAAGUAGCCAUCAGAGCUCUGGGUUUUGAGCCAAAAAAGGAAGAGAUAAAAAAGUUAAUAGCCGACGUUGACCCGGAUGGUCUUGGAAAAUUAUCAUUUGAAGAAUUUUUGAAUCUCAUGUCGGUGAAGAUGGCAGAAAAAGAUUCCAAGGAAGAAAUCUUGAAAGCUUUCCGUUUAUUCGAUGAUGACGAUACGGGAAAAAUAUCAUUUAGAAACUUGAAAAGAGUGGCUCGUGAGUUGGGGGAAAAUUUAACUGAUGAAGAGCUGCAAGAAAUGAUCGACGAGGCUGACAGAGAUGGGGAUGGAGAAAUUUCACAGGAAGAGUUUUUGCGCAUUAUGAAAAAAACUUGUUUGUAUUAAAGCAGAUUGGCAAUGCUAAUUACAGUUUCAACUUUUAUCGAUACAACUCAGCAAGAUUUUUACUAAUCAUGGACUGAAAUCGUGUUGUAUGUUUGCCAAAAUCAGUAAAAUUUUGUGAUCACUUGUGUUUGGCACAAUGUAUGUCUAUUUUUGAUUGAAAACUAUCAUUUCAAUGUCACUCUUGGAAAACGUUAAAUUGUAAUCUCCAUUUUGCUGAAUUCUGCUUAUGAAUGAUAUUUUAAAUGAUCAAGAAAACUAAGCAGUAUUUAAUAUCUCUGUAUUAACAUACAAUUAAAUCCUGUGCUGAUUUUUUUGAUUUUGUGCAUAUGC